UUAUGGAAAGCUUAUGGAAUCAAAACGUCGUUGGAAUUUUUUUCUAUUUUUCUUUAGCAUCGGAAAACUCGCGGAUAUCCGCAGACUUGACUCCAGACUGGUCCCAACGAUUCAUUUGUGUCGUCCUUUAAAAAACAUUUCAUCAGCAAUACACGCUACUGAAAACUUUGCAGGGAGAGAGUCCUCAUCUCGUCCGUUUUCUCAUCCAAAGAAAAAGAACGUGAUACUAAGAACUAUUCUCGGUCAUUUCUUGUCCAUUGGCCAUGAGCCAAAUACGUUCCCCGAAAUAUAUAAAGUCGAAACUGAAAGAGUUGGUGGUUCUUGGAAAAUGAAGGAAGACAGUGACUCAAUUGAGGAGAUUAGGAACGUUGAGCAGAUGAUAAGAGGCGAUCAAAUGACAGAUGUCAAUAAAAGUAGCUAUUCUGCCAACCAGAGUGGUGGUAUUACCCAUCAAGAACAAGAUGUUGAAAAUCAUCAGCGUCAUGGUGAAAAUAUGAAUACUUUGGAACAAUUUGGGGGAUUUUUGGAGUCACCAUCUAGACAAGAAACACACAGCUUUAUCUGUCCUGGUGGUAAUGAUGUGGAGUACACCAAUUCAUCUACAAUGAACGCUGAGAGAUCUGAAUCCUCUCAGAGUCUUACAAAUAAAAAAGAAACUGAUGAAAGUCCUGAUAUUAAACCACUUGUCUUGGAUACUCCCUUUGAUCCAAAGCCAGAGAGUGCACUUGACAAUGCAGAAUGGACAAUUGUGAACAGAGCAAAAUACGAACAAAGAAUGGGAGACAAACGGAAGGAGAAACCUCAGCUGAAUGCAUCAUUAGAAGAUGGCAAAUCAGAUGCUGCUGGUACAUGUGUGAAUGGAGACAAUGGACUCUUUUCCCCAAGAAACAAGAGGCCUAAAAGGAUACAACCAAACUUUUUCUUGGCUGUGCGCAUUCAUAAUCCUCAGAUACACACUGGUAUCAAGGUUAUCCAAGACUCUAUUGCCACACACAAUAAGAAACUUAAGCCUGCCUUUGUCUCCUUGGCGACAUUGCAUGUUACCCUAAUGGUCAUGCACCUUGAGGAUGCUAAGGAAAUUGAGAAAGCAGGAAGAAUAUUGCAUCAGUGCAAGACAUCUUUGGAACCCAUCCUAGCCAAAAGUGCAAUGAUGCUAAGAUUUUCUGGUCUUGGCCACUUUCGACAACAAGUUCUCUAUGCAAAACUUGAGGAAGAGGGAAGAGACUUUUUGAAAUCAGUUGCGGAAAUUUUGCGAGAAAUAUUUACAAAAGAAGGCAUCCCUUCCACUGAUUCUCGAGAGUACAAUCCUCACAUGACUGUCAUGAAAUUAACAGGCCAUAACCCACAGUUGAGGAGGAAUGGGGUGAAGAAAAUCCCAGAGGAGAGUUAUUCAAGCUGGGUUGAUUUGAAUUUUGGGGAAGAGCAAGUGACAGCUUUGCACUUAUGUGCAAUGGGUGAGAAAGAUAGAGAUGGAUUUUAUAAGUGUAUGGCAACAGUGACAUUUGGUGACUCAGAUAAAACAUCUUUCAGUUGAACAGAGAAAGAACACAGUCAGUGACAUCAAAGGGAAGUCUAUGGAACACAAAAUAUCCUUGGCCAAAAUUUGAACUAUGAUCUCACCAUCUAGAUUACAGCAUGCUUGCUCAGUAGGCCUCCAUGUCUGCCAAAGAGUAAAAUAGUUAAAAAAAAGGGAUUCCAUCAGUGCUCCAAAAUUUUUUCAGUUAUAUGUCCUUGUAAAUAUUACUUUUACUCUCAAGGUUGUGCUUUUUUAAGUACACUAUUUUAAAAAUAAGCACGUACAGGAAGUGUAAUUCAAUACACAUCAAAGAAGUCACACCAGAUCACAAAUCGUUCAUUUUUUUCCUUUUAUGGAGUGAUUCUUUUUUACCAAAUUUCAUUAUUGAAAUAUUUAAGAGAAAUAAUAAUAAAAGGUCUUAGAUAAAAAUAAGGAUUAUCACAAUUGUAAGUCUGAGACUGUACUAGUUCAAUUUUAGGAAGUCACUGAAAUAGAACCUGCAAUGAGCCAAGUUUAACACAAAAAGGAUAUUUGAUAAAACUAUGUGUGGUGAAGACUUAGCCAAUAUUAAAAAACAUUUACCAAAGGGAA